AUGGCGUGUCAAAACCGGUUACCCACGAAAGACAGGCUGAGUAAGAUUGGGGUUAUAACAUAUGGACUUUGUGUGUACUGUGAUCAGAUGGAAACAAGUCAGCACUUGUUCUUCGCUUGUGCCGAGACUAAGAGAACUUGGAUGCAACUUCUUACCUGGAUGAGGAUUAGACAUAUUCAUGGGGAAUGGACAGAAGAGGUAAAUUGGAUUUGUAGCCAAACCAAAGGGAAAAGUGGGCGCGCAAAGCUAUUGAAACUAGCAGCCACUGAGAUGGUGUAUGCUAUUUGGAAUCAAAGAAACAAGAUUAUUUUUCAGAAUGGUAAAAAGGAAGCCUUAAGAAGUAUGGACAUCAAGGAAAUUGUUGUAGUAGUUUCUGAUGUUCUUUACUUAGUUUUCUUUGUUGGCUUUGUUGAGUUGUAG